AUGUCGUCCAUCAACGACGAGCCCACGGGCCCCGUCAAAUCGCACUCGAUAUGGCGUUCUGUGCCCUUCCAGAUCAUCGUCGCAUGCGGUGUAUCCUUCACCGCACCGGGCAUGUGGGAUGCCCUCGGCGGUCUUGGCGCAGGAGGAGCAGCAGAGCCCUACGCCGUGUCUGCUGCUAACGCUCUAGUCUAUGGUCUCUUCGCCGUGGUCUGCGUACUUGCAGGCGCAAUCAACAACCGCAUCGGCCUCAAGUACGGACUCGCGCUCGGCGCCAUCGGAUAUCCUCUCUACGGCGCCGGACUGUACACUAACAAUGUACACUCGACGACCUGGUUCAUGCUGUUCGGCUCUGCGCUGUGCGGUAUCUCCGCUGGAUUCUUCUGGGCUGCGGAAGCCGCGAUCAUCAUCGGAUAUCCCUCUCCCGGUGAUAGGGCUUUCUACCUCGCCAUCUGGCAGUCCGCCAAAGCCGCAGGGCCCAUUGUAGGCGGCGCAAUCAACCUUGGCCUCAAUGCCAACCGCAAAACCGCCGGCUCCGUCUCCUCCUCAACCUACAUCGUCUUCAUCGUCAUCAUGUGUCUUGGCCUCCCCAUCGCGCUCUGCCUCUCCCCCGCGCGCAAGGUCUGGCGCAAAGACGGCACCACAGUCGUCACCUCCAUUGCGCCGACUUGGGGCGCCGAGUUCAAAGCUGUCGGACGCCUCUUCAUUAGCCGGCGCAUCCUGCUACUCCUGCCCGCCUUCUUCAUCAGCUACUUCUACAACGGCUUCGUCAGCACGUGGCUCACGCAGUACUUUACCGUCCGCGCGCGCGCGUUCUCCAGCUUCUUCACUAACUUUGCGGGAAUCUUCAGCUCCUUCAUCAUCGCGUUUCUGCUGGACAACAAGAGGCUGCACAUCAAGACAAGGGGCCGCAUCGCGUUUGUCGCCAUCAUUACGAUUUUGGUGGGGACCUGGAUUUGGGCGUCGGUCCUGCAGCAGCAGUUCUACGAAAUGGCUGAGCCUCCCGUGCACGACUGGUUCACCGGUGGCUUUGGAAAGAGCUAUGCCCUCGUCUUCUUUUGGCAGUUUGGUGGUCAGGCGUUCCAGCAGUUCUUGUACUGGCUCGUCGGCCAGUACGCGACGGAUCUGUCUAACCUGUCGCAUCACACUGGUAUUCUGCGUGGUGUGGAGGCGCUGGGACAGACUGUGGCUUGGGCAAUGCAGAGCGAGGGAAAUGCGAAUCACUUUGUGAGCAUUGGACUGAACUUUGGAAUUACACUAUUGUGCAUUGCGCCGACGUGGAUUAUUCUGAGCGAGUUGGAGGGCAGCCAUGAGGUGCAGGUUAUGGAGGAGGAGGUUGAUAUGAAACAGGAUGUCGAGGGCGUGCAUAAGCCGUGA